UCACCUACAGCUCUUGGAACUCUUCUCCCCACACACACAUUUUGCCUUCCCUCCCCCAACCCCCCAGCCCAUCCCCACUCUCCCAAAGUCAGCAAUACCCUCCACUGCUUCCCAUCUCCAUGGCAACGGUGCAGGAGCCGGGCCUGGUGGGGGGGAGGGGAGGGACCAGACCAGACAUUCUGGUUUCCGGUGCUGGGGUGGGAGCCAGGGGUAAGAUGAGCCAGGUGGACCCCACUGGGGACCCACUCUCCUAAGGCCACUUCAGAGAAGAGCGGGGAUCUGGAGAUGACCUCUCACCCUGGUCCCCCAGACCCUCUCCCCAUUCCUUAGUUUCCCUCCCAGCCUCCCAAUCUCCCUCAGAGUGGGGCCACCAGUACCAGGCAAUGCUGAUCCACCCACCCUGCAGUGCCAGUCGUCAAACACGCCCACAGGUCAUGUGCAGCCACCCCACAUUGACCCAGGCUACCUGGAGAAACCUCCCAGGGCCAGCCUCCUCAGCCACCUACACACCCUCUUAAGAUGCCCCCAACAACCUGCACAGGUCACAAUUCUUUGCCCUGUGACACCCCCAUCCAGUGCCCAGGCUCCCCUGGGACACCGAUUCCUCAGCCCUCUGCACAGAUUGUCAGCCACACUUCAGUGAAGUCACGGGCUCCACCCGCUCCAGGUACCACGAGGCCUCCUGCUCCUGCUGCCCCAGGCUCAUGGCACCUCCCUCUCCCCCUUACUACAUCUCAGGGCCCCAUCCCCCUAGCUAUCUGGGAGAAAGAUGGGAAGGCCUCGGGUGAGGGGCCAGGCUGGGGCCAGGAGGGCAGGAUGCCGGUGGGUCGUCCACCUGUCUGUCCUCAGCUAAUUUUAGCUGCAUUUUCCCUGGCCUGGCAAAGUGGGCCAGUAGCUCCCGCGGUGAUUCUGCGGUUUCUGGGACACUGCCACGCUGGGUCAGCGGCAAAGUGGGGCGCAGGAGGGGCGGGGGCUCAAGCAGGGCCAAGGGCAGGGAAGGAGACAUGUGCUGGCAGCAUGGCAGGGAUGGGGGUGUGUGCAGGAGUGUCUGGGGGUGUGUCCAGCCUCCUUCCUGCCUACCUCAGGCAGUGUGGGGCUGCUGCCCCUGACCACUGGUCCACUGAGUGUGCCUGUGGCCUCUGAGGGGUUGGGGCUUCUAGUCUGACAGCCGCCCUUGGCCCCAGCAGCCGCCUGUGAUGCUGCCGUCCCCCGUCGCCCCGUGGCCCCACGAUGACCCACAGCCCCGCCUCAAGCGAGGACGAGGAACGCCACAGUGCCAGCGAGUGUCCCGAGGGGGGCUCAGAGUCCGACAGCUCCCCAGACGGGCCCGGGAAAGGCCUCCGGGGGAUCCGGGGCCAGGGCAGCGGGGCACCCGGUAGCCUGGCCUCGGUCCGAGGCCUCCAGGGCCGCUCCAUGUCUGUCCCAGACGACGCCCACUUCAGCAUGAUGGUCUUCAGGAUUGGCAUUCCGGACCUGCAUCAGACAAAAUGCCUGCGCUUCAACCCUGAUGCCACCAUCUGGACAGCCAAGCAGCAGGUGCUCUGUGCCCUGAGCGAGAGCCUACAGGAUGUACUGAACUACGGCCUGUUCCAGCCAGCCACCUCGGGCCGGGAUGCCAACUUCCUGGAGGAAGAGCGGCUGCUGCGGGAGUACCCCCAGUCCUUCGAGAAGGGGGUGCCCUACCUGGAGUUCCGGUACAAGACCCGAGUUUACAAACAGACCAACCUGGAUGAGAAGCAGCUAGCCAAGUUACACACGAAGACCGGGCUGAAGAAAUUCCUGGAGUACGUGCAGCUCGGGACCUCCGACAAGGUGGCGCGGCUGCUGGACAAGGGGCUGGACCCCAAUUACCAUGACUCAGAUUCAGGAGAGACCCCCCUGACGCUGGCUGCCCAGACUGAAGGCUCAGUAGAGGUGAUUCGAACCCUGUGCCUGGGUGGAGCUCACAUCGACUUCCGGGCCCGGGAUGGUAUGACAGCGCUGCACAAGGCCGCAUGUGCCCGGCACUGCCUCGCUCUAACGGCACUCCUGGACCUUGGGGGCUCCCCCAACUACAAGGACCGCCGGGGGCUGACCCCUCUGUUCCAUACAGCUAUGGUGGGGGGCGAUCCCCGCUGCUGUGAGCUGCUUCUGUACAACAGGGCCCAGCUGGGCAUAGCUGAUGAGAAUGGCUGGCAGGAGAUCCACCAGGCCUGCCAGCGGGGUCACUCUCAACACUUGGAGCACCUUCUCUUCUAUGGGGCUGAGCCUGGAGCCCAGAAUGCCUCGGGAAACACUGCCCUGCACAUCUGCGCGCUCUACAAUAAGGAGACUUGUGCUAGGAUCCUCCUCUAUCGAGGGGCCAACAAGGAUGUGAAGAAUAACAAUGGACAGACCCCCUUUCAGGUGGCAGUGAUCGCUGGGAAUUUUGAGCUCGGGGAGCUGAUCCGAAACCAUCGAGAACAGGAUGUCGUGCCCUUCCAGGAGUCCCCCAAGUAUGCGGCCCGGCGACGGGGAACCCCAAACGCCGGGCUGAUGGUGCCCCCCGCGCUGCUGCGGGCCAACAGUGACACCAGCAUGGCCCUGCCUGACUGGAUGGUGUUCGCUGCCCCGGGAACCUCGUCUACCGGGGCCCCUGGCCCUACCUCAGGGCCCCAGGGCCAGUCGCAGCCCUCAGCCCCCAGCACCAAGCUCAGCAGUGGGACCCUCCGGAGUGCCAGCAGCCCCCGGGGCGCCCGGGCCCGCUCCCCGUCCAGAGGGAGGCACCCUGAGGAGGCCAAGAGGCAGCCCCGUGGACGGCCCAGCUCCAGUGGGACGCCCCGGGAAGGGCCGACUGGGGGCACUGGGGUCUCAGGGGGGCCUGGGGGCUCCCUGGGCAGCCGUGGGAGGCGCAGGAAGCUUUACUCAGCGGUGCCAGGAAGAUCCUUCAUGGCCGUGAAGUCCUACCAGGCCCAAGGCGAGGGGGAGAUCUCCCUGAGCAAGGGCGAGAAGAUCAAAGUGCUUAGCAUCGGGGAAGGAGGCUUCUGGGAAGGUCAGGUCAAAGGUCGCAUCGGCUGGUUCCCCUCUGACUGCCUGGAAGAGGUGGCGAACCGCUCCCAGGAGGGAAAGCAAGAAAGCCGCAGUGACAAGGCAAAGAGACUCUUCCGGCACUAUACCGUGGGCUCCUACGACAGCUUUGAUGCCCCAAGCUUGAUGGAUGGGAUUGGCCCAGGGAGCGAUUACAUCAUUAAGGAGAAGACAGUUCUGCUGCAGAAGAAGGACAGUGAGGGGUUUGGGUUCGUGCUCCGGGGGGCCAAGGCGCAGACCCCCAUCGAGGAGUUCACCCCCACCCCGGCCUUCCCGGCACUGCAGUAUCUGGAGUCUGUGGACGAGGGUGGUGUGGCAUGGCGUGCCGGACUGCGAAUGGGAGACUUCCUCAUCGAGGUGAAUGGGCAGAAUGUGGUGAAGGUUGGCCACCGACAGGUGGUGAACAUGAUUCGCCAAGGGGGCAACACGCUGAUGGUCAAGGUGGUGAUGGUCACCAGGCACCCGGACAUGGAUGAGGCUGUCCACAAGAAAGCACCUCAGCAGGCUAAGCGGCUCCCGCCCCCAGCCAUCUCCCUGCGUUCCAAGUCCAUGACCUCAGAGCUGGAGGAGAUGGUCUCCCCCUGGAAGAAGAAGAGUGAGUAUGAGCAGCAGCCUGCGCCAGUGCCCAGCAUGGAGAAAAAGCGGACCGUGUAUCAGAUGGCUCUCAACAAACUGGAUGAAAUUCUGGCAGCAGCUCAGCAGACCAUCAGUGCAAGCGAGAGUCCUGGACCUGGUGGCCUGGCAUCCCUGGGCAAACACCGGCCCAAAGGUUUCUUUGCCACUGAGUCGAGCUUCGAUCCUCACCACCGAUCACAGCCAAGUUAUGAACGUCCUUCUUACCUGCCUCCAGGACCUGGGUUUAUGCUCCGGCAAAAAUCUAUUGGGGCUGCGGAAGAUGAUAGACCCUACCUAGCACCCCCAACCAUGAAGUUCAGCCGCAGCCUGUCUGUGCCUGGUUCCGAGGACAUCCCCCCGCCUCCCACCACGUCCCCUCCGGAGCCCCCCUACAGCACACCUCCAGCCCCCUCCUCCUCCGGCCGCCUCACUCCGUCCCACCGGGGAGGGCCCUUCAACCCUAGCGCUGGUGGCCCCCUCCCUGCCUCUUCCCCGUCAUCUUUUGAUGGGCCCUCGCCUCCUGACACCCGUAUGGGGGGCCGGGAGAAGAGCCUGUACCAUCACGCUCCGCCCCCCCAGCCCCACCACCACCAUGCGCACCCCCCUCACCCUCCGGAGAUGGAGACGGGUGGCUCUCCCGACGACCCCCCGCCCCGAUUGGCUCUGGGGCCCCAGCCCAGCCUGCGCGGCUGGCGGGGCGGCGGGCCCAGCCCGACCCCAGGAGCCCCGUCCCCCUCGCACCACGGCAGCGGGAGCGGCCCCUCCCAGGGCCCUGCCCUGCGCUACUUCCAGCUGCCCCCGCGGGCAGCCAGCGCGGCCAUGUACGUGCCCGCCCGCUCGGGCCGCGGGCGCAAGGGCCCCCUGGUCAAGCAGACCAAAGUGGAAGGCGAGCCGCAGAAGGGCGGUGGCCUCCCACCCGCGCCCUCUCCGACGUCCCCGGCGUCCCCGCAGCCGCCGCCAGCUGCGGCCGCCCCGUCGGAAAAGAACUCCAUCCCCAUCCCCACCAUCAUCAUCAAGGCUCCGUCCACCAGUAGCAGCGGCCGCAGCAGUCAGGGCAGCAGCACCGAGGCCGAGCCCCCGGCCCAGCCCGAGGCUGCCGGUGGCUCCUCCGCGACGAGCCCCGCCCCGGCCAUUUCGCCGGUGCCGCCGUCCCCGUCGCCCGUGCCCACCCCCGCCUCGCCCAGCGGCCCGGCCACCCUCGAUUUCACCAGCCAGUUCGGAGCGGCCCUGGUGGGGGCGGCUCGGAGAGAGGGGGGCUGGCAGAACGAAGCCCGCCGGCGGUCCACGCUGUUCCUCUCCACCGACGCGGGGGACGAGGAGGGCGGUGACAGCGUGCUGAGCGCAGGGGCGCCCCCGGGGCCCAGGUUGCGCCACUCCAAAUCCAUCGACGAAGGCAUGUUCUCCGCGGAGCCCUACCUCCGGCUGGAGUCUGCAGGCGCCGGGAGCGGCGCCUACGGCUACGGGGCCGCCAGCCGCGCCUAUGGGAGCAGCAGCGCCUUCACCAGCUUCCUGCCGCCGCGACCGCUGGUCCACCCGCUGACCGGCAAGGCCCUGGACCCAGCCUCCCCACUCGGGCUGGCCCUGGCGGCCCGCGAGCGGGCGCUGAAGGAGUCCUCGGAGGGCGGGGGAACCCCCCAGCCCCCUCCCAGGCCCCCAUCGCCCCGCUACGAGGCCCCGCCGCCCACCCCUCACCACCACUCGCCUCAUGCCCACCAUGAGCCAGUGCUGCGUCUCUGGGGGGCUUCCCCACCCGACGCCGCCCGCCGGGAGCUGGGGUACCGGGCAGGGCUGGGCAGCCAGGAGAAGUCCCUUCCGGCCAGCCCGCCAGCUGCCCGACGCUCCUUGCUACACCGCUUGCCCCCCACAGCUCCCGGGGUUGGGCCCCUCCUGCUGCAGCUGGGGCCUGAGCCCCCCGCCCCGCACCCAGGGGUGAGCAAGGCCUGGAGGUCCGGAGCCCCAGAAGAGCCUGAGCGGCUGCCCCUACACGUGCGGUUCCUUGAGAAUUGCCAGCCCCGGGCCAGUGGGGCGAGUGGAAGGGGUCCCCCCUCGGAGGACGGGCCGGGAGUUCCGCCGCCCAGCCCACGCCGGACUGUGCCUCCUUCGCCGACCUCCCCGCGGGGCAGUGAGGAGAAUGGGCUCCCGUUGCUAGUCCUGCCGCCCCCAGCCCCCUCGGUGGACGUGGAAGACGGUGAAUUCCUCUUUGUGGAACCGCUGCCCCCGCCCCUGGAGUUCUCAAACAGCUUUGAGAAGCCAGAGUCACCCCUCACGCCUGGGCCUCCUCACCCGCUGCCAGACCCACCCACCCCGACCACCCCAUUGCCCCCUGUGACACCCCCUGCCAUCACUGCUGCCCCUCCCACCCUGGACUCCACGGCAUCCAGCCUGACUUCGUAUGACAGUGAGGUGGCAACGCUGACCCAGGGGGCCCCCGCGGCUCCGGGGGAUGCCCCUCCUCAAGGCCCACCGGCCCCAGCCGCCCCAGCUCCUCCAGCCCCGCAGCCUGGCCCAGACCCUCCACCUGGCACGGAUUCUGGUAUCGAAGAGGUGGACAGUCGGAGCAGCAGUGACCACCCUCUGGAGACCAUCAGCAGCGCAUCCACGCUGAGCAGCCUGUCUGCCGAAGGCGGUGGCAGUGCAGGGGGUGGGGGUGGGGGGGCCAGUGUGGCCAGUGGGCCGGAGCUUCUGGACACGUAUGUGGCCUACCUGGAUGGCCAGGCUUUUGGGGGGAGUGGUACUUCUGGCCCACCAUACCCUCCGCAGCUCAUGACUCCCUCUAAGCUCCGGGGCCGGGCGCUGGGGGCCAGUGGAGGCCUGCGGCCCGGCCCCAGUGGGGGACUCCGAGACCCUGUCACUCCCACCAGCCCCACCGUCUCAGUGACAGGGGCUGGAACUGAUGGGCUGCUGACCCUGAGUGGUUGCUCAGGACCCUCGGCAGCAGGUGUGGCCGGGGGUCCAGUGGCUGUAGAGCCAGAAGGCCCACCGGUGCCCUUGCCAUCUGCUGCCUCCCUGCCUCGCAAGCUGCUGCCCUGGGAGGAGGGCCCGGGCCCACCGCCACCACCCCUGCCCGGGCCUCUGGCCCAGCCUCAGGCCUCAGCCUUGGCCACAGUAAAAGCCAGCAUCAUCAGUGAACUCAGCUCCAAGCUUCAGCAGUUUGGGGGCUCCUCGGCAGCUGGUGGCGCUCUGCCCUGGGCCCGGGGAGGCAGCGGGGGAAGCGGGGACAGCCACCACGGGGGAGCCAGCUAUGUCCCCGAGAGGACGUCCUCCUUGCAGCGGCAGAGACUCUCGGAUGACUCCCAGUCCUCGCUCCUCUCCAAACCUGUCAGCAGCCUGUUUCAGAACUGGCCUAAACCACCUCUGCCGCCACUCCCCACAGGAACCGGGGUCCCCCCUUCAGCUGCUGCGGCCCCAGGGGCCACCUCACCCUCAGCCUCCUCUUCCACGUCCACCCGACACCUCCAGGGUGUGGAGUUCGAGAUGCGGCCACCUCUGCUCCGCCGGGCCCCCAGCCCCUCGCUGCUGCCCGCCUCGGAGCAUAAGGUCAGCCCUGCGCCCCGGCCCUCCUCCCUGCCCAUCCUGCCUUCUGGACCCCUCUAUCCGGGCCUUUUUGACAUCCGCAGCUCCCCCACUGGAGGGGCAGGAGGCUCGGCUGACCCCUUCGCCCCUGUCUUUGUGCCACCGCACCCAGGGAUGUCCGGGGGGCUUGGUGGAGCCUUGUCAGGGGCCUCCCGCUCCCUGUCACCAACCCGCCUGCUUUCGCUGCCCCCGGACAAGCCGUUCGGCGCUAAACCUCUGGGGUUCUGGACCAAGUUCGACGUGGCUGAUUGGCUUGAGUGGCUGGGCUUGGCUGAGCACCGAGCCCGCUUCCUGGACCACGAGAUUGAUGGCUCCCACCUGCCCGCCUUGACCAAGGAGGACUACGUGGAUCUGGGUGUGACCAGGGUGGGCCACCGCAUGAACAUUGACCGGGCUCUCAAAGUUUUCCUGGAGAGGUGAUGGCUGGCUUGGACGGACCAGCCCGUCCACAGAACCCUUGAGCCCACUGGCCUCUUGACCUCUGACCGUCAUUCUCUUCCCGGGCCAGGGACUCUGCUAAAACUGCACCCUGCCAUCAUCUCCUAAGGCCGGAGGUCACCAAGUGGCCUGAUUCCUGCCAGACAUUUGCACCUCACAGGAGGGGGCAGCUGACACAAGACUGUGUGUGGAGCGGAGGGGGUGGGAAUUGAAGAAAUCACAGAAGGGGAUGGAGAAGGAGAGAAGGGUCGAUUCUGGGGAGGGGGAGACAGACAGAGCCAUAGAGGGCCAGCCCUAAGCCUGACUGGAUGGGGGUCGCCCCCAGGCCGCAGGGGAAAGGGGUGCCCUCAGAUUCCACCACCUGCCACCCCUCUAACAACCCUUUCCCCCCUCUCCAGGCCCCUCUGUUUUCCCUGCCUUCCCCUCUUCCUAGCACACACAGCAGCCCCCCCAGCCUCUUGCACGCUCCUUUGCACGCCUGCUUGCCUCUCCCCUCCCUGGGCUACAAUUUUGCACAAAUCUGCCCUCUCGCUGUCUUGCACACUCCGCCUUUGCUCCAGCUCGCGAGCCCUCUUUGCUCUGUUUCCCUUGCACACAUUGCAUUUCUUUUCCCACACUCCAUGCCCCCUGUUCUCUCCAACUCUUGCUUACACACUCUUUCCUUGGCGUCCUCCCUUACACACCUCACUUCUGAAAAUUUCUGGGCCCUUGCUGCAGACACACUUGGGACACCCUUUUCCCUCACCAACUCAUAGGUUCUGUGCACACACUUAUUGUCUGGAAUACCCUUGUCUUUGUUCAACCCUUGCACACUCAAUAUCCUAUGCACCUCUUCUGAGGUGCCUCCAUUUUCUUUAAGCACUUCCCCCCCUUAUUCUUGAACCCCCACAUUCUUACUCUACCCACCUGUCUGUCACAGUGACAUUCUGAUGCCCCUCCUUACCCCUCCUCCUCUUGCACUGUCACUUCUUAUCGCACAGCUUGCACACUUGCUGCCCAGGAACUGUUUCUCAAAUGCUCAUUCCUCUCCUCUUCACCAGGCUCCCACUCCCUUGCCCCCUUCAUUUCCAAAUCUUUGUCCAUCUCCAUUCUCAACUCUUGUGGACUUUCUUGCUCAUUCACUCUUGCACACACCUCCUCCCUGGCACUUGCACUGCACUCUUGAAGCCUUUUUCUUUUCCUUAACAAUGUUCUUACAUACCGUGGCUUUGCUGCACACCCAUUCUUGAAUUCCUAUUUGUUUUUGUCAGCUCCUGGGAGACUUUCUCCAGCUCCCUUGGGGAACGCUACCACCUCUUACCUUUGCACAUUCAGCCUGCUUCACACACUCUUGGGCUGUAUUAGCAUUUCUUUCCUUGGCACCUUUAGUUUUUGUCCCUGUGAAGGAACAGCUUUUGCAGCCAUUCUCUGCCUGUUCUCUUAUGUCUUUAUGCUCUUUUCUCUUUCUGGCAAGAGAAGACCCUAGGCACACUCACUUCUUGCUCACCGUGCUCCCUCCUCUUCCUGCACCAGUCUGCCCUCUCGCACACCCUCCCUCCUUUCACUCUUCUCAGUCCUUCCUGGGCCAUCUGUCCAUCCAUUUUGCUCGAAGAUGCCCUCCCUCCCCCCAACCCUUCCAUCUCUCCAAGAAACUCCUCCCUCUGGCAUGGCUGUUCCUUCCCGCACGCUUCACCCCUCCCUUUAUUCCUGGGGCUUGGGAAUUUUAAGCCACCCCUUCCCCUGGGAAGCCCCCUCCCCUACUGUGGGUAAAGGGGGGAGGGCAUCGCCCUCAGGUCCCCCCAUGUUCAGCUGCCAAAGAAGGGAGCUCCCCCUCCUCCCCCCAAACCCAUUCCCCCUCUGCUGCCCCCACCCCCGAGGGGGGGGCUCCGUCCAUGGGGGGAGGGUGCUUGCAGCCCUCUCCCCUCACCACGUCAGGGAUCUGCGGGGAACCUUGUGGGAGGGCCAUGGGAGGGGGGAGGGGUGGCGAGGAGGGGGGCGGAGAUUGCGCUGGGCCCCUACCCGCCCCCUCCCCCUUGUCGGCUGCCCCCCGUCCGCAGGGGGGCCUGCGCGGCGCCCAUCUAUCAAGGGCUUGUUCAUUCUGGAUGGGUGC